GAUAUAAAGUCGAGACGUGCUGUUCGCCCCGAGAACUGUGAGAAAUAGGCUAUCGCACUUGUUGAGGCUUACCUGUGCUGACAUCAUCAUCGCAAUGACAACGGGACCCGGCGACAAGGGGGCCACCUAAAGGGAUCUUGGCUCGACUUGGCAAUCAAAGUUUUUUUUCUUUUUCAAUGUUUCCCCGGCUUGUGGACCUGCCUGUGGAGUUACCUGUGCUGUGAUCGAUCGGAGACUAACCGAAUCGAGUUCUUCCUCAGCUUCAGCAGUCAUUGCAUGACCGUGAGGCCGCGAUGAGUCGGAGAACUCGGCGCUGGAUUUUAAGAGUUUUACUUUGUCUGGGAAUAGUCUACCUGAAAAUUGGGGGCUUCUCGUCGGUGGUGGCCCUCGGAGCGAGCAUAAUCUGUAACAAAAUCCCCGGUUUGGCCCCGAGGCAGCGGAUUAUCUGCCAGAGUCGCCCCGAUGCCAUUAUCGUCAUCGGAGAGGGCGCGCAAAUGGGCAUCAACGAGUGUCAGUUCCAGUUCAAAAACGGGCGCUGGAACUGCUCGGCCCUGGGCGAGAGGACCGUCUUCGGAAAAGAGUUGAAAGUGGGGAGCAAAGAAGCGGCCUUUACGUACGCCAUUAUCGCAGCCGGGGUGGCCCACGCCAUCACCGCCGCCUGUACGCAGGGCAACCUGAGCGACUGCAGCUGUGACAAAGAGAAGCAGGGUUUCUACAGCAGGGACCAAGGAUGGAAGUGGGGAGGCUGCUCUGCGGACAUCAGCUACGGCCUCGGCUUUUCCAAAGUGUUUAUUGAUGCCCGAGAGGUCAAACAGAACGCCAGGACGCUCAUGAACCUCCAUAACAAUGAGGUGGGACGCAAGGUCUUGGAGAAGAACAUGCGACUGGAAUGCAAGUGUCAUGGCGUGUCGGGCUCCUGCACCACCAAAACCUGCUGGACUACACUUCCCAAGUUCCGCGAGCUUGGCUACAUUCUCAAGGAGAAAUAUGCCCACGCAGUGCACGUGGAACCGGUCAAAGCCAGCCGCAACAAGCGCCCCAAAUUCCUGAAGAUCAAGAAGCCAUAUUCUUACCGGAAGCCCAUGGAUACAGACCUGGUGUACAUAGACAAGUCCCCGAACUACUGCGAGGCGGACACGGUGACGGGCAGCUUGGGGACGCAAGGGCGAGUGUGCAAUAAGACUAUGAUGCAGCACAUCAGCGGCUGCGACUUGAUGUGCUGCGGCCGCGGCUACAACACGCAUCAGUACUCCAGAGUGUGGCAGUGCAACUGCAAGUUCUUGUGGUGCUGCUACGUCAAAUGCAACACGUGCAGUGAGAGGACAGAGGUGUACACGUGCAAAUGAGAAUAUUUAUUGGUGCUGGCGCGCGUGUGGUCGUGAACACGCGUGUCUCUUUGGAUCUUCCUGCGGCACGAGCAGCGGCCACUGGUGUGCGCACUUUGGGUUGGUUGGGAUGCAGGGUGGCCAAACACCGUCAAGGGGAAAACUGCACACAACUGAAGCACAAAGACUUGAAUCUACACGGACACGUACGGUAUCGGGGACGAGAAAUGGAGUACGGCGCGUGCGAUGCCUGAGCCGCGCAUACUGCUGUCUGUCACGCAUGGUAUAACUCAUCCAUGUGGAAUAUUUAACAUACUGUCUUUUAUAGAAUGGAGAUAAUUAAUAUUAAUUUAUUGGAUAAGAACUACUGAUUUUGUCCAUUAUGGGUCACAAAUAACUCCAUGUUGGGAGGGCUUAGUUUUUUUUAAAGGGACCAGAAACUGUUAACACACUGGAUUUGAAUCCACCUGGAAUCCGUCAUAUUAACUCGUGACCCACUUGUGUCUUCCCUCUGUUUGCUGCUAGUCCCGAGAAUCCCAUUAAUUUUUUUUUUUUUUUUAGGUCGGAGCUUCAAAAACACAGGCACAUUUUCCACCUUUGGUAAAUAUUGGUUCAUAGAGUAUAUUUUGUAAGAGCCUAUUUUUGUAUGGAUGUUUUAUUUAUAUCUGUUGCAUAAUAUUCAACUUUAAGCUCGGACACGUGUCUAUAAAAUGCUGAUCAUGUACGUUUGCCCCUGUUGUCACUGCUGCGGUUGUGUCGUGUGAGUUAUAGAAGCUGUUGUUUACUGCAUUUCAUGACUACUACUGAUGGAAUACAGGCGCAGAAUAACACCAA